AUGGACUCUUCCGACACCGCAAACACGAGUGCUGGCGAGACGACGCCUCUGCUACCCACGCCCGAUGCCUCUCGGCCAAAGCCUGCACGAACAGUCACCUUCAGCGCGAACCCCGUCAGCCGAACCAUCGAGCCCGAUCCUCCUCGCCUACCAAGGAGCUAUGCCUCUCAUAAUGUCAACCAUCAGGCCGGCAGCAGCGCCGUUGGGCCCAAGAUUGGUCCGCAGAGAAGCACCAAGAAGACAGAGAAGCUCAAGCUGCUGCCGAACCCAGAUUUCGGAGACGAAGGUGAAGAUGAGGAAAGCGGAAGGGAUGUCUAUUCCCAGUAUACCCGAAUCAAGGAUCCGACGGCGCGAAGAGAUGCUGCGCGACUCGGAAAGGCAGAUCGAGAUCGACUGCCUCGCGUCACCGCGUACUGCACCGCCAAUCGCUAUGAAAUGGAAGGAUUGAUGAGAUUCCUCAAAGGACGAGGCAAGACUCGCGGCGCGAACCCAAAGCUCAUCGACGAGUGUAUCUACACGCCCUACAUGUACGGGAGCGAGCUGGUAGACGGCGAGACCGAGCGAGAGGAAUUCAGAUCUUUGCGUCAUGAUAAUCAAGACUCUGGCUACGGAGAGGGCCUGAUGAUCGACCACAGUCGAGAGGAAGCCGGGGACCUCCCUAGUGAAGAGCUUCUAGGUCCCGCUAUGCCCGAGCACAUGCCCAUAAAAGACACGGUGCCGGACUUUGAUAUUCAGGUACAUAUGCCUGAAGUCUUCCUGUUCGAUUAUGGUGUGGUGGUGAUAUGGGGCAUGACGGAGGCACAGGAGGCCAAGAUGCUCAAAGACAUUGCCAAGUUCGAACUGGAGAAGCUGGCUCCUGAUGAUGUCGAGACGGAACACUUUAAUUUUUACUACACUCGGGAAUAUCAAGCGCGUAUUUACAACGACUUUAUCACGCUGAGAGACAAGAACAACUACAUGACCAAGCUUGCCAUUUCGCAUGCUUUAGCACAGAGUGUCAAGACGUCACUUUUCGAGGAACUCAUUGCUUCCACCAUCGACACGACCAAGGAUAUUCCCACUCAGAUUGCCUUGACGGGCAAAGUGGCUCUCAACCGGAAACAAAUCAACAUGCAGAUUGGAGAGCUCUUCAUCUUGAGGAUCAACAUCCAUCUCAACGGCUCCGUUUUGGAUACCCCCGAGCUCUUCUGGGUGGAGCCCCAAUUGGAACCUCUCUAUCAAGCUGUCAGAAGCUACCUCGAGAUGGACCAACGAGUUGGCCUGGUGACGGAGCGGUUGGAUGUUAUUGCUGAUUUACUAGCUGUUCUCAAGGAUCAGCUAACUCAUGGCCACGGCGAAAUGCUCGAAUGGAUAGUUAUCAUCUUGAUUGCUAUGGAGAUCCUGGUGGCUGCGAUCAACAUUGUUGUCGAUUUGUAUGCGGGAGAAGUUUGA